CUGAUUGCAAAGCAAAUGGGUUGAGUUGUGUGUCUAACACGUUUAAAGGAAACCACACAUCUCAUUUGACACAACACUCUGGACACCAUCAAGUCAGCAUCAGUUGAAGGUCUGCGCUGCUGAAAUCUCUCAUACAGUUCUGUACUUCGAGGCAAAAUGGAAUUCCAGUAUGAUGAUUUAGAUUAUAACUACAGUUAUGAAGGGAAUAUUACUGAACCUCAGGAGUCCAUUUUUCAGCAGAAUACGACAUGUGUAAAGGACACCUUGUGUCUGUCUUUGAUCGUGGUCAGCGUGGUCAUUUUUCUGCUGGGCUUCUGUGGAAAUGCUUUGGUCAUCUGGAUUUCUGGUUUCAAGAUGAAGAAGACGGUCAACACCACCUGGUACCUGAGCCUUGCGAUCUCUGACUUCCUCUUCUGCGCCUUCCUCCCGUUCAGCAUCACCUACAUGGCGAUGGAGGAGUGGGUCUUUGGCCAGUUCAUGUGCAAAUUCACCUCCGCCAUUAUGUUCGUCAACAUGUUCAGCAGCAUCUUCCUCCUGGUCAUCAUCAGCGUCGACCGCUUUGUGUCAGUAAGGUUUCCAGUCUGGGCCCAGAACCAUCGCACUAUUAAAAUGGCGUCCAUUGUUGUUUUCCUGGCUUGGGUUCUCGCCAUCGCACUGAGUGUUCCCUCUAUGAUCUAUCGGGAUGUUGGCACUCACAUGGGUAAAAAAAUUUGCCUCAACAACUAUGCAUCGCCCUCACACAGUCACAAGAUAGUUGCACUGAGCCGCUUCCUUGCAGGGUUUGUUGUCCCGUUCCUCAUCAUCAUCAUCUGCUAUUCUGUCAUCAUCUCCAAACUUCGAACCAACAGGAUGACCAAAUCCACCAAACCCUUCAAAGUCAUGACUGCCCUUGUCGCCGCUUUCUUCGUCUGCUGGCUGCCCUACCAUGUGUUCAUCCUGCUUGAGCUCAACCACCACAACUACAACCACAACAUUUUAACUAUCGGACUCAAAGUAGGCACUUCUAUGGCAGCAGCGAACAGCUUCCUCAACCCAGUGUUGUAUGUCUUCAUGGGCAACGACUUCAAGCAGAAGUUCAGGAGCUCUGUGCUCUCAAAGAUGGAGAACGCGAUGGGAGAGGAAGGGCGCACCAUCAGCCGAUACCUGUCCAGGUCCAGCUCCAUGGACGGCAGAGCUUCCACACACAUCUAAAGGUGACACAUUACUCCAAAACUGUUUCACUCAUUGCAACAAAAAUACUGUAUUCAAAUGUGCAAUCAACAGAAAUAUGUUGCAUGUGAAUCAAGUUUAUUUAUAUUCACAGUAGAAAUUAUGCUUUUUGUUGCACUUUUAUACUGUUGGAAGCAUUAAGAAAUCUGUUGCCAAUUUAGACUCACCAACACAUAAUGCUGUUUCCAAUACCUAAACAUUUAGCUCAUUCUGCAUUGCACACUGUUGGAAGUGUUUUCAGAGCAGUAUUUGUAGAAAGUUAAAAUUUUGUUGUAAAAUAAAAGGACUGUAAUUAUGUAUUAUAUUUUCUCAUAACAAACACAUAAACACGUAUAAUCAUUAUAUAAAGCAUGGUUUGAUAUUAUAUUAAGUAAAAUGAACACUGGAGAGGCUCCUUUCACAACAGCAAUUUGCAUGCAUUUGCAAUCACACACAGUGACAGCAUCAUCUUUCACAGAUGUUUGUUGCUUGUAAAUUGCAGAUUUACUUGCAAGUCUUGCAGCAUGCGAGAAAUUAGUGAAACAAAUUUAACAGGAGAGGAAAUUAUCUUGUGUUGCAAAUUGCAGCUUGCAUGUUGCUCAUUUGCUGUAGAAUUGUAGAUUGUUGUACAGUUUUCAUUUGAUUUCCUUGACCUUUGAACUACAAUGAUAAGCACAAGGCUACCCAUUUGGAAAUAAAGAGAUGAUAAUGAAGAACACACUGAAGGAAAAGAGCCAAUUACUGGUAUUUAUUUUGCAUGCACGUAGCUGCUCCACCCAAAAUACCCUGUGGUUCUAUUUACUGACACAGUAUGCAACUAUUUAUGUAUUGCAGCUUUAAUGUGUGUUGUAUCAGACUGGACAAAUAUUCUGUGCAAAUGGGUGGAGGAGACUGCUGUUGAGAGUUCAUUCUUGUGAAUAAGAGAAGUGGAGAAAUAGCUGGUGUAAUCCAGUUUGUAUACUAUGAACUGUCUUGGACAGUUUAUUGUAUGAGCUGAAUGUAUCUCUUGAGCAAUUCAGUGUAGCAGUGACAACACAAUACACCACAAUACCAUACACCCAGGUGUUAUAAUCAGUUGACAAAGAGUUUGUUGAAUUGACCUGUAUUUUUGUUAUUUUGUGUAUAAGAGCUGUACAGUGAAUGUAGUUGUAGUGCAAUAAAUGUUUGAAUGUUUUUUAUCCUUGAAAUAAAGAUGUAACCCUUACAAUAA